AUGGACUACCUCUUCUUAACCCCACUCCCUCCUCAGCAGUCUUGCUGUUGCUGCCGCCGGUUCCUCCCUGCCAAAAACCCGUCCGCCCUCUCUCCCCACCCCACCUCAGCCACGGCGGCAGCAACAGCAAGACGGCGGGGCGUGGUGGCAGCUAUAUCCAAAGACAGGCGUGGCCACGGCAGCAGCAGCAGCAGCACGGAGGAGGGGGGUGGUGUGGUAGCAGCUAUAUCAAAGGUCAGGCGAGGGGCGCUGGUCCAAGGCGGCGGCAGCAGCAAGAUGGCAGGGAGUGGUAGCAGCAAUAAGCAAGGACAGGCGGGGGGCGCUGCCACGGCGGCAGCAGCAGCAAGAAGGCGGGGAGUGGUGGCAGCUAUAUCCAAGGACAGGCGGGGGGCGCUGGUGCGCGCUAAGCGGAUGCGGCGGGGGGAGGGGAUUGUCGUGGGUGAAGGGUUGGGGGGUUUGGAGGGGGGGAUGGAGUUGGAGGGGCGGGAGGGGGAGGGCGAGGAGGAGGAGGAGGAGGAGAGGAGGCGGGUGGAGGAGGAGGGGCGAGUGGAGGAGGCGGUUAAGAGAUUGAAGGGGACGUUUGAAGGCACCGCCAGAGCGGGGGGGGCAGCCGUGCAGCAGGAGAGGGUGGAGACGCUCAAGGCGUUGCGCCAGCUGCUCUCGGCCAAUCACAGCCCGCCACUUGGCGCUGCUGUGCGCUGCGGCGCCGUCCCCUUGCUGGCGGAGUGCCUGGCGUUCGGCGCUCCUGAGGAGCAGCUCCUGGAAGCAGCGUGGUGUGUGACCAACAUAGCGUCGGGGGAGGCAGAGGAGACGCGUGCUGUGCUGCCCUGUGCUGCUCUGCUCAUCGCUCACUGCACUGACUCCCCAUCACCCGCAAUAGCGGAGCAGUGUGUGUGGGCGGUGGGCAACAUAGCAGCAGAGGCAGACGACCUGAGAGCACAGCUGUUGGAUCAGGGCGCCCUGCCCGCCCUCACUCGCCUGCUGCUCGCUGCUGCCUCUGGUGCCUCUGGGGGAAACACAGGGGCCCGCUGGUUGACAGCACAGGCACCCUCUGCUGUGGAAUCCCUGGCCAAGACAGUGGCGUGGGCGCUUUCCUCUCUCAUCAAGGGCCCCAGCCCCCGUGCAGCCGUUGAUCUAGUGAAAUCGGACGGUGUUGAUGCAGCGAUUGUGACCCUUCUGUCCUCAGGCAACGCAGAGGCAGCAGUGGAGGCAGCAUGGGUGGCGGCAUACGUGACAGCGCUGUCAGACGCGAGUGCAGAGAGGCUCGUUGCUGCCGGGCUCAUAGAAGCCCUCGUGCCUCUGCUCUCCGCCACCACUGAUGUCGCCCUGCUCACUCCCGUGGUGCGGGCAAUAGGCAACCUGACUGCAGGAGAUUCCAGCAGAACCACUCGCCUGCUGACAGCUGGCACGCCCUUUCAAGCCCAGCCCAUCCCUGCCUCGGCCCCUCCGGGCGUGGUGGCAGCAGCGGCGGCGGGGCCGGGGUUGUCGGGACUGGCGGAGUGCCUUGAGAACAAACACCAUGGGCUGAAGAAGGUGAGAGGAGGGGGUGGUGUUUGGGCGAAGAAUUUAAGGGAUUGA